AAAUAUCCGAAUAUGUCCGAAAGAUCGUCGGAAAUAGUCGGAAACUAACGAAGUUACACGAUCUUUGCCGAUAAAUUUAAAACUCACUUCGCGCAUGAUUUGCUUCAGUUCAUAUUAUCGAUGUAUUAGGAACUUGUUUAGUAGAUACUAUUACAAUAAUCUAUGAGAUUUAUUCGAUUUUUAUAAAUAUAUUGUACAUAUAUUUACGUCGUGAUUGGGUUGAUUAGUAAAUGAAGAAAUUGGUUACAGCUUAGGAUGGUUCUAUGGCUAUGUCUCCAGCGGAGUCAAGUGAGAGGUGAAAUACGUGUGUGUUGCAUAUCUGUAUAUUAACUCCAAUGUGUUCCGUUUGACUUCGGGAGAAACAUAGCCUAUAAGAAUAAGUUGUAUUAAUUUGAAAUGGCUAACUCCAAAGAUUUUUUCUUAUCUGUAACUCAACGGGUUUUAAGUAAUUGGACAGCAUUGAAGAUGGCAGUAGAACAUGGAAUGGGUUCUAAGGAACGUGCUGAAGACUUCUGUCCAUAUAUUACUGAAGUUAUGUUUAUAAAUGAUGGAUUAACUGCCAAUGAAAUUGCUGCUGAAAUAGAAGAUUAUAUGGAUACUGAAUUUAAUACAGAAUUGCAAGAUGAGAGUUCUAUACAAGUAGCAGAAGAAUUACUUCGGUUUUAUAAUUACUGUAAAGAAGGAGAUGAAUCAACUGCAAUGACAGAAUUUGAAAAAUUACCUCCUUUACAAAUAUGGAUCACAGCAAGGCAAACGAUAAAGCAAGUAGGAAAUCAAUCAAUGGCUGAAAACAAUGGUGAUAGCUCUGGCAGCAGUACAGAAGAAGAUGAAGAUAUGGAGGUUUCAGAGCCAGGAUGGACAGAAGUGAAAACUAGGAGGAAAAGAUGAAGUAAGCAAGUUUUUUCAAAUUGUCUUUACUGUUACCAUUGUAUGUGAAAAAUAUGACAUAUAUUUAGUCAGUAAUUGA